AUGAUAUCAACGAGAACUUUAAUUGAUGCUAGUGAAAGUGUAAAAUCCAUGUCAACCCUCGUUUCAAAUAAAUAUAUUGUUCCUCCUCCCUUUUUUUCCCCAGUUCGCGCUUCCCGCUAUCCUAACCUACAUUGUACGACACAACGUGGCGUAUAUGUGACACAAACACCACAUGCUGAAUACUUUAAAAAUAAUACCACCGGGAAUAUCUUAUUGUCCAUCACACGUUUAACAAGUCAAACACGACGACAUUACCUGAAUAAUAAUGGACUCAUCAAAAAGCUAACAUGGCCGAAACAAAGAAAAGUAACAAACCCAAAAUUGAUCAUCGGAGGAAUUAUUUUAAUUAACACCGCAGUAUUUUGUGCUUGGAAAUACGCCACGUUUCUUGGUCAACAUUAUCAUGAUUGGUGGCUUUAUUCUUUUAUGACAAAAAAUCUGUUAAUGGGUGUUGAUAAUGUAAAAGCGGGAAGAUGGUGGACGAUGAUCACUGCAAAUUUUAGUCAUUCUAAUCCAUGGCAUCUUGUCCUGAAUUGCUUUGUCCUUUGGAGCUUUGGACCACCAAUUUUGGGUUAUAUUGGAGUAAAUCAAUUUCUAUUGGUUUACCUUGCUUCUGGAUUCAGUGGCUCUUUGGCACACUUAUUCUAUCAUUAUGUGAUUAAACCAAGAACAAUCGAUCGACGUUUUUCGCCCGUGAUUCAUAGUCAAGGCGCUUCAGCCUGUAUAAUGGGAAUCACCACAAUCUUUGCACUAAGAAAUCCAUUUGAAACUGUCAUCCUAUUCAUCAUACCGAUGCCUGCCAUAUUAGCAGUUGGAUUAUUUGCAGCCUAUGAUAUUUACAAUUCAUGGAAUCCUGGGAGAAAUUUAAUUGAUUCAUCUGCACAUUUGGGUGGUGCAUUGUUUGGGGCACUUUAUUAUUGGACGAGAUUACGACCGAGAAAAACACGAGUUAUUCGCGCCGGUCGAUUCAAGAUAUAA